UUCUCUUUAUCUCACCCAAAAAAAAAAAGCAAAUAAUAGACCUACCUACAAAGUACAAACCAUCCCAAAAUCUCAAAAACACAAAGUCUGACAAACUAAUAAUAGGGUAUUCGUUCAAAGUUCAACCAACAUAUAUGCAAAUAACUGUCCGCCAGCAUUUCCUCUAAUUUUAGGCAAAAGAUGCACAAGUUACAACAAUAAUCAAAGUAAAAAACAAACAAAUUAGAAACGAAGCUUGUUUCUUUCCUCUCUAAUUUCUCUCUCUUAGCUCAUACCCCGUGAUGCAUACUAAAUAUAACCAUAGUAAACAAGAAUGAGUUACACCCAGCUCUAAAUUUAACCCUUAACCCCUAUAUGAUGUUGUGGAAGAAACAUCAAUUCUCCAUUACUCUAUAUACUCUAAUACCUUCGUUCUCUCUGAUUCAAGCCAUUCAGAGUUUUAAGAAAUCUUUUAUACUGAAGAGAUUGAAAUAAAUACAUCUAUACUUUCAAUAUUAUUAUUGCAAUGGAUUACCUCUCUUUCUUAUAGGGACAAAUUAAUAUAGCCUUUUGAUCCUUGCUUCAUCUUUGUUUGAAGGUUUAAAUAAGGAUCAAAGGGGUAAGGCUAAGACAAAAAGAUGGCAUCAUCGCAAGUUCAAUUUGCUGCUCCUUUUCAAUUUGGUUGUGUUUCUCCUGGUGCUGCAUGCCAUGAGCACAUCAAGAACUUUGAACAGGACAAUCUUGAUGAUUCUUGGGUCUCAAGAGUUUCUAGGAACAACCUUGGAACUCUUGGUUUCUUAAAAAAGAAUCAUGUUUCAGUCAAUGAAAAAGAAGAUUCUUCGCUGUCUGCGCUGAUGAGCCCAAGGCACUCAGCAACAGUUAAGGACCAUCAUCAUAAUAAUCAUCAUAAUGAUAAUCAUAAGGAGAAUCCUCUAAGGUGUUCAAGUUUUGUUUUGAGGUCCUCCAAAUCUUGUGCUCCUAAUGAUGACUCUUCAUCUGUAGCUGAUAUCUCGCACCUCGCGGCUUCUUCUCUUGUUCGGAUAUGGGAGAAAAGGCUCCACCAUUACAACAAUGAGGCUCAGGCUCAGGUUCAGGCUCAGGCUCAGGCUCAGGCUCCAGUAUCUCCGGUCCCAGGUAGCCCGCGCAUUAGGGGACGCCGCGCAUUCAGUGAUUUGUUGUUGCAGUUUGAGAAUGAUCGCUAUAGAGAGCUUAAGGACCUUGCAUUGAGGGCUCCAGUUUCCAAGUUCACACAAAGAGGUCGCAUUCAGUCAGUGCUGAAACUAAGAUUGUUACAACGCGGAGUAGCAGAAGCUUUUGAUCAAUCAGCAAUAUCUAAGAUGAACAAGAACAACCAACCACAAGGAUAUGCAAUUAAGGAGAUAAGGGAAAGAUUUGGCACAGGAAUUAAGCAUAAAUCUCCAGCCCCAACAAGAGUUUCAGAUCCAGGAAUGAAUCAUAGAAAUGUAUCAACUAACAUGACAGAACCUAAACAGAACGCAAUCUUGCAGGCUAGUUCCAAUAACAAGGAAUUAGAUCAUUCAAGUUCAUAUCUCACAUUCCAAGGACAGAGCUUGGAUUCUCAAAAUGAUGAUGAUGAAGUUACAAAAGAAAUUACUAUCACGCCUUCACCAAUGGUUGAUUCAAAUGCAAAUAAAUCUGAUCAUAACGUAGAGACAAGUGAACAGAAAUAUUCCCCUACUGCUAAUACUAAUACUACUGAAGCUUGUCACAAUCAUACAUCAGAAAAGGAGAAUGGAAUUAACCAGCAGCAGUAUACCGAAAACUGUUACGAUGAAAUCGAAGAGGAAGAGGAAGAGAUCGAUGACCAAACCUAUGAUGAAGAUAGUAGUUAUGAUUGGAUCAGUCCUAUUUCUCGACCUAGAAGCUACUGGGAAGAACGUCGUCAAGAAUGGUAUAGGGAGAUGCUUGGCUAUGGUUCGGACAAUGACGAAAUCCGCAAUCUCCUUCAAAGAAAAACAGUUUCCACUUUCCUUUCUACCGCCGAGUUCCGCGAGAAGAUAGAUAGAUUAAUGAUGUCUCGAACUGGAUCGAUAUCACGAACACUUCAGGGUGACGACGGUGACGACGAUGACUAUGAAGAGAGAAGGCACCGUCGAUUAAUGGAGUUUUUCAAACAGCGCCUGAAUUCGAGUGGCAGUCCUCAAGAAAGUGGCAGAGACGAGGAAGCGAGAGGUAAUGAAGAAGAGAAGAGGAUAAAUAAUCAUCAAGAAGGAAAGGGAACGAGUAUCAUUAACAAUGAUUCGGAUCAUGAAUCGAGUGAUUGUUCAAGUAACUCUUCGCCAACGCUUCAUACACCUUCCCCUGUGAGUUCAUGGAGUUACAAAGACGGUGAAUUAACCGGCGAUGAGUAUGAUAGGGUUACAUAUAUAUCAUCACAACCUCAACCACCGCCUCCUCAAUCGGAGUGUUCUUGUCAGCAUAGGCGCCAAUUCUCUUCAUCCUCCUCAACUCCAUCUUCAAUUGAAAUGGAUUUCUUGUAUGAUAUGAGAGGGCAAAUGGGUCAACUCUUUCGCGAAAUAUCUGAGCUGAGGAACUCCAUUAACAGUUGCAUCACUAUGCAGAUGCAGAUGCAGAUGCAGAUGCAAAUGCAACAAUUCAAGAACCAGGAUGUUUACUCUGCUAAGAAAGAAGAAGAGCAGAAACUCAACGAUAAUACCUCAAAGAAAGGCAAAUGUCGCAUUUGCAAUGAGAGGAAAGUUGAGGCAGUUUUUUACAGAUGUGGACACAUGUGUGCUUGUCUCAAGUGUGCAAAUGAGUUGCAAUGGAAAGGAGAAAAUUGUCCUAUUUGUAUGAGCCCAGUCUUUGAUGUUGUGCGAGUAUAUGACGAGUGAUGUGACAAAUUCAGGAAUUAGAAGAGUCUACAUUAAUAUAUACGAUGGGUAGAGUCUAGCACACACUAGAUGACGACUAAGAAUAACUAACUAUAUACUAGAUGUUAUAGGAGUAAAUCUUCAACUACAAGUUGUGAUUUCUCCAUUACACAUAUACGUAAUGUAUAUGAUUUUUUCCAGGGAGAAACUCAUUUGACACCACAUUGGUGUAACUUGAAAGUUUGAAGUCUAGCCUUUUUGGUUUCUUGGUUUCUUCUAUGUCUAUGUGUUCUCUACCUACCUUAACAAAGGGUUAUUAAACAUGAAUUUCAUUAAUUUUA